AUGGUCUCUUCUGCUCGUUACUUUGAUGCUUUGUCACCUCUUGGCGUAGAAGUAGAUUCAUUAGCUGACAUUUUUUCAUUUGGUGUUACACCAACAAUUCUUAAUGAUUCAAUCGAUAAAUGGUCAUUACUUUUAUUUGUUUUCCGUAAGUUUAAUUUGCUGGUGUUUGGUGUUUAUCUCAAUAUGAUAUUAAAUCCAGCUGCUGCUGGUGUUGUUGCACUACUCGCAUUAUUUUCAUAUGUAUCAUCAGUUACUAUGACUGGAGUUGCAUUUUUAAUGCUUUGUACAUUACAUCGCCCAAAAUUAUAA